CCGACAUCCGACAUACAACACUGACAUACAACAUUGAUGUUUUACAAUAUGUAGUCCUUAUCUUCGUUCAGCCUGAUCACUUUUUGUUGAUUUAGGUACUCUGGCUCGCCGACAAUCCGCAUUGUCGCGAUAUCACAAAGACAACUUAUCUUUACUACAUCAAAAAUCUCAUUAUGUAUAUUCUUUAAGCUUCAUGUACAAGGUUCGGGGCCUUGUUUUACGGUUCCCGGUUUAAACAGGUAACUAUCCAACAGCUAGGAUCGAAACUCCUACUAUAAAAUCAAACGCGGCAGCCAUUAAUCUCGAUCAGUCAUCAGCUAGUACUAAUGUCUCAGAUUAACGUAUUAGACCGUGAAUCUGAGCCUAGCUGAGUCCGAACCUUCUAUUAUCUGCUGGCCAGAAGCUUCUUCAGUAAGUCCGAUCGUUCGUAUUCUCAAGUUGGUCUUCCGUUACUAUUCCUUACAAAAUUAUCAUCACAAAAUAUCACCAUGGCUUCCAAAUUGCAAGUAGAUGGUAUAACCCUCACGAUUCCCACUGGAAACGGUCAGCACUGCUGGAAGUUCGACAUCGUUUAUUCGUGUGGACAUCCUGUCUUGGAAACACACUGCGGCCACAUCCAUGACAAGGUCAUCCGCAUCAAGCGCAAUGACCACAGUGGCCCCUGCUGGGCGCGGCGGUGCGCCGUAGCAACGAGCACUCAUUUUAUCCCCGAGAAGUGUCAUCGUUGCGUGAUGUAUGACCUGAAUUCCGAAGGCAUCCGGCCGUGAAAUUCCUAGAUAAUUCCUUGCGGUGGAGCAACUGUCGAGUAGAUAGUAAGUACAUGGUGAGCAACAUAAGCAACAAGGUGUAUUCUUAGUAGGUACAAUACUUUGAUCCAGUCUCGUCUAUUUUUAGCCUAGGAUGGUGUGUUCAAGUUAGGCUUCACUAUUUAGAUAGGUGAAUUCAAGAGUGCCCGAUGCAUAUGUAGGUAGGUAACAUCAUCUUCUAUAAAACUCUUACA